AAGUUGCAGUGAUUCACUUUUGUUUGUCGGUUGUUUCGGGUUUCCAAUGGAUUCAAGCGAGCUCGCUCGCCUGCAGCCGCUUCGCCUCCGCGCUCUCAACGCAGUGCGUCUCGGUCAGUGGGACGCCUUCGAGGACGCCAUCGCCCGGCUCGAGGCCAGCCACACCGCGCGCACGUCGUCGUUAAUCAUACAAGGCUGGGCUGCAGACGCUCGAUCGCUGGCCAAGUUUGUCGCCGGCCAAGUCGAUUCUACUGAGACUGACGAGAGCCCGUCAUCGCAGCACACCGAGCGUCGAGUCGCACAAAACUACCUCGACUGGAGCGAUCUGAAGCUGUCGUCGCAAGACCUCCAGUUGGUGGCCAUGCACAAUGCGCUCGCCGAUCGUUUGGCCACUCGCUGGAACGCACCGUCGACAACGACGCCAACCCGAAAGUCGCUUCAGCAAGACCGCAGCGAAUUUCACGCUCUUGCCACUCUGCUGCAUGGAAUCCCGCCAGCUCCGCGGUCUCUGCAAAUUGCAGCCAGUGUCUACAUCUUGCAUGUGCUCUGGUGCUUGCAGUCUUGGGCAGGACCGCAUCUGGCGGGGGGAAGUUCCGAGGCCGUGCAGCAGGAAACGCGCGUCAUGUCGGCAGCUCAUUCGGUCGUUCAAGCCUGGCGACAGCUGCUUCGUCUGGCCCACGUGCUCCAUCCCGACGCAACUCCAGAAGAGGAGCGACUUGAGCGCAAUCUCGGAUUUUCGGCUGCGGUGGUUGGGGGCGACGUGACGCUGCAAAUUCAAGAGCUGUGUGCCUUCCGCGUUCAGGCCGUCCUGCGUUUGGCGCAUCAGCAUCGAGACAUGGCCGACCUUGUUUACCAAGCCACUGCUCUACUGGGGAUGCUGUGUCUGGUUCAUCCGCCGACCUGUCCUGCGGCAUUCAAUGAGCGAAUGUCAACCACAUCCAUGGCACUGGGUGUUCCUCGUGCGGGCACCACCACGGCCGAAUUCCAGCAGAUGACGUUCUCAAUGCUCGAAGCCCUUGCGACCAGUUUGACCCAACGCGCUCUCGUGACCUCUGGACAAAGUUUCCCCGUUCACUUUCUGGCGAGUGGAGGCUUUGCUGCAGCCUUUCGACCCGAGCACGAGCUCGCUUCGAGCGCUUCAGUUCUUUAUGCAAUUGCAGCCACGCAACAGGCAGAAAACUUCUUGCCACAGCAAACUGCGUUCGCGUGGUCGGGUCGUGAUCGGUUCGCACGGCAAGCUGAUUGGGCGCUGGGUGCAAUGUCGCGCCUUGAUUCACCUCUUCUGUCUGUUUAUUCAAUGAGGGUGUGUCGUGCGAUCGAAGCCAAGAAUUGGGCUCAGGCCGAAACGCUUCUUCGCGAAGGAGUCGGUUGUUUCAACCCCCUCCCUGUGAUUCAGAGCAUGCUGCUUGGAUGCGUCGAAUUCAAUCGGAGCAAAUACGAGCAAGCAGCCAUCAGCUUUCAACAGGCUUUGGGUCUAGGGGAUGCUAAUCUGCAAUGUGUGGCACUGUACAACUUGGCAAUGACUUGGCUCGCUCAAGGAGAUGCAUCUAGUGCCGAAGAGGCUCUGCGAAAGGCUAUAACCAAUCACGAAGCCCGCCAAUGGCGUGAUGCUCACCCAAUCCAUGCGCUGUGGAUUUCGCAAACUCCUUUCGGGGCGAUGAUGGUGCAGUUUCACACCGACUCGCCCAAGGUGCUUUCCGGCGCGAUUUUGCAUCUCUGGCUUGCGAGAUGUCUUGUUCGCCAGCAACGCUGGAGCUCGGCUGUGAUUGAGUAUCGGCGCGCACGUGAUGCCAAUGUUGCAGCUGAGAUUGAAGAAAAUCAGCUUGUCGAAGAGAUGUCCCAUGCGUUGCUGAAUGGGAACCAACCAGAAGAAUGUCUAGCAGUGCUCGACUCGGCACCAAUCCAGAAUUCGCCGUGGCGCUGGAGCGUGCGUGCAGAGGCGCUCGCCCGCUUGCGCCAGUUUCCCGAUGCCCUGGCUGCCGUAGAUUCAGGGCUCGGUGCAUGCGAUGCAAACAAUCCCAUGCGAACGGUGCUUUUGAACAACAGGAUUGUGCUUCUAUUACUCGCACGGCGGGUUUCCGAGGCUCAAGAAGCAGCCAAUCGUGCAACAAGCCUCGUUUCGCGCGACGAAACCGUUGCUUAUAACGCAACAUUGCUGGUCUUGCUGCUCGGUACGCAGUCACAAGGACGCGAUGCAUUGCGACGCUGGAAGCUUGGUCGCCAGCAGCGUCAACACAUUGUCGUGCAGCAAACAGCGAUGGAUGUGUCGGUAGCGCGCACCCCGCUUGUCGCCCGCUCAUGCCGAAUUCAACCGAGCGUCACCGAUACACAGCUCGCGCUGUUGCAGGCGUCGCCGUCAUAGAAUGCGAUUGGACGACAAAAAACAAAAAAAAAAAAAAAACAAAAACAAAUCUGCGUGAAACAAUUUGAACAAAUGGAAGAACUAUGAAACCGAGGUUUGAUUAUUCCGAGGCUGAGGCAGGAGCAGCCGCAGUUUCGGUGGACUCGGUGGACUCGGUGGACUUGUCAGCGGCGGGCUCGGCAGUCUCAGGCUCGGCAGCCUUGGGCUCGGCAGUCUCAGCCUUGGGCUCGGCAGCCUCAGGCUCAGCAGCAACAGUCUCAGCAGCAACAGUCUCAGGCUCAGCAGCAGCAGCAGCAGUCUCAGGCUCAGCAGCAGCAG